CCAGCCUCUCUGCCGCUCGUUCGCUAGCCACCUCUCUCUACCUCUGAGCCGUUGCGUUGCAGCCUCAGCCUGCUCUCCUUCCUCCCUCCCCUACCAAACUCUCCGUCGUGCCGUGGUUAAUCAGCGUACAGCAAUGGCCGUGGCCUCCAUGGUUCAGGCACCAUCUCUGCUGGCAGUCCAGGCCCUCCGCGGACAGAGGAAUGCUGCCAGCGCUAGGUGCUCACCGAGAGCGGCGGCUUUCAGAGUCCGGGCAGCCAAGCUUCCUGCCGGAGUUCAGGUGCCAAGGGCGCAGCCCAAGCUGAGCGAGCCGUUCCUGGGGUUCACCAAGACCGCGGAGGUCUGGAACUCCAGGGCCUGCAUGAUGGGCCUCAUCGGGACCUUCAUCGUGGAGCUGAUAUUGAACAAAGGUGUUCUUGAGAUAAUCGGUUUCGAAGUGGGGAAAGGCCUCGAUAUUCCUUUGUAGUCUGCUCUCCCUCCUUGCCUAUGGGAUAUUGAUACUAAGAGCCACAUGAAAAGGUUUGUAGCCACCAAUGGCAAUGCUAUGCAUCAUAGUAAAUAUAUAAACGAGCUCUAAGCAUUUCAUUAUACUUGCUAUUUUUCAUUUUA